AUGAUACGUGACACACCAUUCUGCCCUGAAGGGUUAGAGAAAGACAUCAGUCCCCAGACAGGGAGUCAUAAUUCAUUAGUCCGGUUAGAUAGAAACGUCGUCCCUCGCUUUUCGAAACAAGCUGUCAUUUUCUCGCCAGAGACAGACUUUGACUUUAAUAGAAUGCAGGAUCAUUUGGAGUUCAUGAUCGAGUUAGCCAAGCUUUACAAAGAGAUUGAAGGAGAUGUAGACGAAGUGGAUGAAGUAGCUCGUCAAGUGUGGCAUACGCCUACCGAGCUUUUUAAAGUAUGCUCAGAUAAUAAAUACACAUGCUCCAAACCUUGGUAUGGCUUUGCUAUUGCAAAGUAUCUGGUAUCAGAAUACAAGCUUAACCAUUUCCCCCACAAGGAUCUUAUUAUCUAUGAAAUGCGUGCAGAACGGCAGGACGUUCGUGAUGCUAAGGAUCAUAAUCGAUGUGUAACUGUGAUCAAUAAGAGUAUUUUUGACUGGGAUGUCCAUGUUCCUGAACACUGUUUCUUCCUUGGGAUGGAGGUCAUCGACAACUUUGCUCAUGAUCUUAUCCGGUACGAUAUCAACACACUUGAGCCUCGUCAAGCCUUGGUGAGCACAGAUGCCAAUGGAGAGUACACAGAGAUCUAUGAACCUGUGGGUCAAGAUAGUUUAAUAUCCCGAUAUCUCGCCACUCGUAAGGAGGUUGGAUACCGUAGCCCAGUGCUUUCUCGAAAACUGUGGAAUGCCCUCUUAAAGAAUAUGCCUUUGGCACCUAAUCUUACCGCACCUGAAUUCAUUCCCAUAAAGCUAUUUAUGCUGCUCGAAACCCUCAAAACUCAUUUCCCUCAGCACCAGCUUGUAUUGUCCGAUUUCUCUAGCUUGCCAGAUUCUAUAGAUGGUGUUGAUGCCCCAGUAGCUCAGACACACUACAAAGCGACCAUGGUGCCAUGCUUUACUUACAUGGUUCAGCCCGGGUGGUUUGAUAUCUUCUUUCCCACAAACUUUGAGCUUCUUCGGGACAUGUAUCUCCGCGUCUGUCGUGGUACUGGCGCAGGAAACGAUAAGGGUGUUAGAGUACUAAUUCACCGUGAGUUCUGUGAGCGCUAUGGUGAUAUUGAGCGUACUACGACUCGCGGUGGAGAAAAUCCGAUACUUAUGUACUAUGAAAACAUGAAGAUGAUCCUUACUUAA